UCCAGUGGCGGGACUACAACUCCCAGCAGGCGCGGCCGCGGCCGUCUGCGGCGGUGCAUGCCGGGAGCUGUAGUCCCGGAGCGCCUCACGCCCUCCCCCUGCGGCGCGCACGGAAACCCCGUGCGUGCAGGCGCGGCGCUCUCUCGGGCCGCCGCCGCCAUUCCGCGAGCAGCGCGGGCAGCCCGCGCUCCGGCCCCGCCGCCCCCGCCCGCCUCGCCAUGCAGAUCUUCGUGAAGACCCUCACGGGGAAAACCAUCACCCUCGAGGUUGAGCCUUCUGAUACUAUAGAAAAUGUAAAAGCGAAGAUCCAGGAUAAGGAGGGCAUCCCUCCGGAUCAGCAGCGGCUGAUCUUUGCUGGGAAGCAGCUGGAGGAUGGACGCACACUGUCCGACUACAACAUUCAAAAAGAAUCAACCCUUCACCUGGUGCUGAGACUUCGUGGUGGUGCUAAGAAAAGGAAGAAGAAGUCUUACACGACUCCCAAGAAGAACAAGCACAAGAGAAAGAAGGUCAAGCUUGCAGUGCUCAAGUACUACAAGGUGGAUGAGAACGGCAAGAUCAGCCGCCUGCGCCGGGAGUGCCCCUCGGAGGAGUGUGGGGCUGGAGUCUUCAUGGCCAGCCACUUCGACAGACACUACUGUGGCAAGUGCUGUCUGACAUACUGCUUCAACAAGCCAGAAGACAAGUAAAUGUACCAGACAAUAAAAAUCUGACCUUC